AUGGAGACUCUGUUCUCCACUUCCACAUCAGUGGGCUGGAACACCUCCUUGGUGGCCGCCGGUGCAGGCGGCGAGAACGGGACGAUGGCAGGGCCGGUGCCCUCCCCAGGGGCCCGAGCCGUCGUGGUGCCAGUGCUCUACCUGCUGGUGUGCUCGGUGGGGCUGGGCGGCAACACGCUGGUCAUCUACGUGGUGCUGCGCCACGCCAAGAUGAAGACGGUCACCAACAUCUACAUCCUCAACCUGGCCGUGGCCGACGUGCUCCUCAUGCUGGGGCUGCCCUUCCUGGCCACACAGAACGCUGUCUCCUACUGGCCCUUUGGCCCUGUGCUGUGUCGCCUGGUUAUGACAUUGGACGGCAUCAACCAGUUCACAAGCAUCUUCUGCCUGACGGUCAUGAGCGUGGACCGCUACCUGGCUGUUGUCCACCCCAUCCGCUCCUCGCGGUGGCGUCGCCCACGGGUGGCCAAGCUGGCCAGUGCUGCGGUCUGGGCCUUCUCGCUGCUCAUGUCUCUGCCACUGGUGGUCUUCGCAGACAUCCAGGAGGGCUGGGACACCUGCAACCUCAGCUGGCCAGAGCCCGUGGGCCUAUGGGGCGCCAUCUUCAUCAUCUACACGUCUGUGCUAGGCUUCUUUGGGCCGCUGCUGGUCAUCUGUCUGUGCUACCUGCUCAUUGUGGUGAAGGUGAAGGCGUCAGGUGUGCGCGUGGGCUCCACGCGGCGGCGCUCGGAGCGCAAGGUGACGCGCAUGGUGGUCGUGGUGGUGCUGGUGUUCGUGGGCUGCUGGCUGCCCUUCUUCAUCAUCAACAUCGUCAACCUGGCCGUCGUCCUGCCAGAGGAGCCUGCCGCCGCCGGUGCCUACUUCUUCGUGGUCAUCCUGUCCUAUGCCAACAGCUGUGCCAACCCUGUGCUCUACGGCUUCCUCUCUGACAACUUCCGCCAGAGCUUCCGGAAGGUUCUGUGCUUCCGCAAGGGCUAUGGCACCGAGGAUGUGGAUGCCACGGAGCCACGGCUCGACAAGAGCAGCCGACCGCAGCAGGCCACACUGGCUGCACGCAGCUCUGAGGUCAACGGGCUCAUGCAGACCAGCAGGUUGUGA